AUGACUACAUUACAUUUAUACUUAACUCCAAACUUUUCUAGCCCACCUUCAGACAUUAAAACUCCAGAUGUCAAUUAUAACGAUAGAAGCAACCAAGAAAAUCUCAAUAGUAUUGGAAGAUUCCAAAUUGAAGAAGUUGACUUUAAUUCUACCAAUGAAGAAAUCGAUUUAGAAACUGUGGACGACGAGAUAGAAAUGCAAGCUAGAAAUUUUAUUAGUCUUCUUAUUAGUCUUCUUGAAAAUGUUUACGAAUUUGCAAAGUCUGGUACUAAACUUGUACUUCCUGCCCAGUAUCCCGUCGCCAAAUUCAGUUUGGAAUUUGACAUUGAUGCAUCUGAAAAGUUGACAGAUAAUGAUUCAGAUAAUUCAUUGGACAUCGAAGCUGACGAAGAUACACCAAAUUGUGUCGAUGAAACAACUACUAAAUCCACGAAUUUAUUUGAAGCAUUAGACGAAAUCAUUGAAAAUAAUGAUGAAUUAAUUUACAUUAUUACUAAUAUUUGUUUUGGGAUUAUUCUAACAAGAAGAUUACAAAUCGAAGAAGAGGAGAUUAAUCCUGCCAAUGAAGAAAUCGAUUUCGAAACCGUGGAUGAGGAAAUAGAAAUGGAAGCUAGAAUUAUUUUGGACAAAAUAUACCAUUCGCCUUUCUUCUUGUAUUAG